AUGGCGGGGCAGUUGCUGCGGGCGGCGACGGGAAGGAGGAGGGGGUGGUGGGAGGCGCCGCUGUUUGCGGCGGAGCAGCGAGCGACGCUGGUGAACGUGAAGCUUAAGUUGGUCAAAGACCGGGCGCUCGACGGGGCCGUGUCGCGGGAGCGCCACCUCCGCUCCGCCCACCACCUGCUCGACCUCGUGUCCACGCGGCCCGGCCACCGCAUCUCCUGCCCCGAGCUCCUCGCCGAAAAGUCUGUGCACAAGCUGUUCGGCUCCGCGGAGGCCGCGCUCGCGUUCCUCCGCAGGUACUGCACCUUGUUCGCGCUCUCUCGCCGCGGCGGCCGCGGUGUGUCCCUCACUGACGCGGCGCUCGACCUCCGGCAACGGGAGCUGGACUGCCUGAACGCCUCGGAACCCGACCUGCUCGCCCGCCUCCGCCGCCUCCUUAUGCUCACCCUGCCGCGCUCCCUCCCGCUCCACACCGUCGACCUUCUCCGCUGGGACCUCGGCCUGCCCCGCGACUACCGCGCCUCAGUCCUCCGCCGCCAUCCCGACCACUUCACCCUCGCGCAGCCCGAGGGCGACGAGCGCGUCUGGCUCCGCCUCCUCUCCUGGGACGACCGCCUGGCCGUCUCCGAGCUCGAGAAGGGUGCGGCCGGUGGCGACACCACUUGCCUCCCAUUUCCGGUGAGCUUCACGAGGGGUUUUGGCCUCAGGAGCAAGUGUAUGGACUGGCUGAGGGAGUGGCAGGCGCUGCCGUACACUAAUCCGUACGCCGACGCCUCGGGCCUUGACCGCCGCACUGAUGUGUCAGAGAAGCGCAACGUCGGAGUGUUCCACGAGCUGCUGCACCUCACACUGGCAAAGAGGACGGAGCGCCACAAUGUGAGCAACAUGAGGAAGCUGCUUGGCAUGCCACAGAAGUUUACCAAGGUUUUUGAGCGCCACCCGGGCAUUUUCUACCUCUCAAGGGUACUUGGUACACAGACAGUUGUGCUCAGGGAAGCUUAUGGUGGCGGAAGUCAGCUGCUUGAGAAGCAUGCGCAUCCACUUGUUGCUAUCAGAGAGGAGUAUGCCACCAUGAUGAGGGCUGCAUUGCCACCAAGAAGAAGAGAAAGCCGUAACUCUUGUAUUGAGUUGGAUGAUGAAAGUGAGGAAGGCGAAGAAAUUGAACUCUCUGAGUGAAUGUGUUAUAUGUACACUUCAUUGAUUCUUAGUUCACUGAAUCUAGUGAACUCAGAAAUGGAUGCUCUGCAACUGCAAUGUUCAAGAGGUUGUCACUAAAGUGUAUCAGAAUGAUUAUUUGGAAGUUCUUCCGAGUUCACAGUACAUCACCAACAGAUGGUUGUUUCACAGUCUAGGGAAAUUAUCUGCUGUUGAGUCUUGGCAGUUUCAGAAAUCACUACUUGUAAAAUAUGGUGAAAAAAUAUAAGGCACUAUUUCUGUUAUGUUGUUUCACACCAUAAUACAUCCCUUUAGUAGCUUAGCCAAAGGGAAAUGUAAUUGUUUGCACCUAAACUUGGUGCUUUUCUGUAAAUAAAAUGCUACUCCGAAGGUUCUAUA